AUGGAGGACUCUUCGCCGAGAAUACGCCCCUAUCUUGACUGCUGGGAUGAAACACAAGACAAACUGCAGAACGACGACAAAUACUCAGUAGCAAACAGCCAAGCGCCGCUGCAAGAUGGCGAAGACGAGCACCCGGAACGGGGCACCUGGACCGGAAAAUUCGACUUUCUCCUGUCCCUCCUGGGGUACAGCGUGGGUCUGGGGAACGUCUGGCGCUUUCCCUAUUUAUGCUAUUCAAACGGAGGUGGCGCCUUUCUGAUCCCCUUCACGGUGAUGCUGAUAAUUGCGGGGCUACCUCUGAUGUUCAUGGAACUCUCACUGGGGCAGUACGCGAGCUUGGGCCCCGUCGCGGCUUACAAACGGUUCUCGCCGCUGCUCCGCGGACUCGGUUAUGGAAUGGUCCUGGUCAGCUCAAUUGUGAUGUUAUAUUAUAACCUGAUCAUUGCCUGGACGCUCUAUUACAUCUUUGCUUCAGUUAUUGGUGGUAGCAAAGUUCCUUGGAGUGAUUGCGCCCCAGAAUGGAGCACAGAGGACUGUAUCGACCCGGUCAAGGCCGAAGACUGUGCGAAUAAUAAUAACACUUACUACAAACGGAAUUGUUUGAACAGUACGCAGAUGUCGGCGAUGAAUUUGACGGUAGAAAAUAUUACGUCGGCUUUGAGACGACCGCCUGCUGAGGAAUAUUUUGAGAACAAUGUUCUUGGAAUCAGCGAAGGAAUUGAAUUCACAGGAACAAUAAGAGCUCCAAUGGCUGCGUGUUUAUUAUUAGCAUGGCUGAUUGUUUUUCUGUGUUUGAGCAAAGGUGUCCAGAGUUCCGGCAAGGUCGUUUAUUUUACGGCUCUUUUUCCUUAUGUGGUUCUGAUCGCGCUGUUCGUAAGAGGAAUUAUGCUUCCUGGAGCAAACGAAGGGAUCCUCUUCUACCUGACUCCAGACUGGAAUCGCCUGGCGACAGCUAAAGUCUGGGGAGACGCUGCAGUUCAGAUUUUCUUCGCCCUGAGCCCAGCCUGGGGAGGACUGAUCACCCUUAGCUCCUACAACAAGUUCGACAACAACUGCUACAAAGACUCGCUGAUUGUCGCUGUUAGCAACAUCGGGACCUCUUUUUUCGCUGGACUGGUCAUAUUCUCAGUGAUCGGGUUCCUGGCACAUGAAUUGAACGUUCCAGUUGCCUCAGUGGUGGACCAGGGUGCUGGACUUGCAUUCAUUGUUUAUCCAGAGGUGGUGGCGCGACUACCGAUUGCUCCGAUCUGGUCACUGCUGUUCUUUGUGAUGCUGCUCACUCUGGGACUGGAUUCCCAAUUCGCACUGAUGGAGACUGUUACUACUGCCAUCUUAGACGGAAUUCCAGCACUGAGGAAUUUCAAGGUCUGGGUUGUUCUGGGUGUGUCUGUAUUUGGGUAUGCUGGAGGCAUUAUUUUUACUACUAAUGCAGGAAUGUACUGGCUCCAACUAAUGGACAAGUACGCCGCCAACUGGUCAGUACUCCUAAUAGCAAUCACCGAGUGUAUCUUAGUAGCCUGGGUAUACGGAGCAGACCGGUUCCUAGAUGACGUCCAGCUGAUGAUUGGUCCCAGAAGCAAAUGCUGGAAGUUUUUCUGGAAGUGGAUGUGGAAAGUGGUGACCCCUGCUGCGCUUUUCUUUAUCUUGUUCUUCAACUGGGUCGAGUACGAGCCAGUUACCUACGGAGCUUAUGUUUACCCCAAAUGGGCAGAUGCUGUUGGGUGGUUGGUUGGGCUCUACCCGGUUUGCGUGAUCAUUGUGCUGGCAUUAUUUCAACUACGGAAACCCAAGAGACGCCCGUAUGACGAUGAUGAUGACUUUGAUGACCCCAGGACCUCGACUAGCUCGGAGACAGUUAGAGGAAGUGGAAGGAGUGUCUGGGAACGGGCGAGGAUUCUGCUACAACCGACUGCCGAUUGGAAACCGGCUUCGCAGAACUCUGUUACGCCUUCUAGGACUCUGACUAACCCAAACUCGUUAGGACAACAUGGCUACGAAUCAGUGCACGACACGAUAAUCCUGGUGAACGGGCAACCAGUGAUCCAGCCCUCACAGAAGCUCCCGGGACCGUCGAUCCUCAAGAACUCCAGCAAGGUUGACCUGAUAACCUCCCAGCAAGUCUAA